AUGUCUCGUGAAGGGAUUGUCGCCGGAGACGGGUCCAAGGGGAACACAGCAACUCCCGCAGAGGGCCGCCAGAGCUUCCUCGAACCUCAUGUUCGCCCGAAGCCGCUCCACGUCCCCGAAUCUGUUCUCGGAGGCGGGACUCGCGGAUGGAAUACAGGGAGCCUGGGAUCGAGACUGGCGGUUGAUGCUGCCAGUGCUGCCACUGCUGGUAUCCUCAUAUGUCCGAUGAUCACCAUUAUCGACAAAUCGAUCAUCGAAAAAGCAGCCAAGGGACUGCCAAUUCAGACAAGCCUUGCCUCGUCCUUGAAGAGCAUGAUAACUAGACCCCACCGAUUCCUCACCUCGACGCCAUUCCUCCUCAUCUACACUCUCUACUCGUCCACCUAUCUCACUGCCAACCUGAUCGAUACGGCGGUGUCAACCAUGGAAGACAAGGCAUACAACAGCGUGUCGACGGGGAUCGUGAAAUUCGCAGCCACCGCACUGGUAAACAUGUCAAUCUGCGUCUACAAGGACUCCAGAUUCGUCAAAAUAUUCGGAACCCAGUCGCAAGGAAACGCCGGCCAGUCAGCACCGGCAAAGGCACCGGCCGUGGCUCCGCAGAUAAAGGGAACGGCUGCUUGCCUGCCACCUACUCCAAGGAUACCCAUAACCUCAUACUCCCUCUUCUGCUUCCGAGACAGCAUCACUAUAUUCGCCUCCUUCAACCUCCCGCCGUUGGUAGCCGGUUACGUACCAGACGUGAUUGCAUCGAAUCCCAAAUCUAAAUACGCAAUUGCCCAAUUCGCCAUUCCAGCUACUGUCCAGCUAGUCAGCACUCCUUUCCAUCUGUUGGGACUAGACCUCUAUAACCGCCAGCCUGUCGGCGGACUCCCAGCGGUCGAGAGAUGGGUACGUGUGAAGAGAGACUGGGCUCCAAGCUGUCUGGCCAGAAUUGGACGAAUCUUGCCAGCUUACGGAGUCGGUGGUGUCCUGAACACAAGGAUGAGAGAAAGGUUCAUGACCGCCCUUGAAGCGAAGAGGUCAUAA